AGUAUUGCAUAUAUCAAGUAUAUACUGUAUUUUGUAUUGUAUGCAGAGCCUACUGUAAUAUUACUAUAUAGUACUUGUAUGCAGAGCCUACUGUAAUAUUACUGUUUAGUACUCUUACAUUCUUCCAUUCCCUCUCAUUCGUUGUUUAUUAAAUAUCACUCAAUCACUACUAAUGAGUGUAACAGUAGUGAUUGUUGAAACCUAUUCUCUUUUGUAAACAGAAAAUAAACAUAUUACAUUUUGGACUUUGAUCGCAACGGUUGUGUUAUUAUUUUUGUCUAUUUGAAAGACAUUACAUUGGCGACGAGGAAAAAUAAAAAAAAAAAAUAAAAGUUAGUGUAUAUACACAUAAAAAAAUAUAUGUAAAUACAUAUAAAUCCAUUUUGUGGAAAUUAAUAAUAAUAAAAAAAACACAACAAAAACAACAAGUAAAUGCCUCCUAAGAUGGAAGAAGCUGCAAAUCAAAGUUUUAAUGUUGCUCCAGUAACAGUGCUUCAAUCGUCGAAUGUGCCGGAAUUCAACCCUAAUGUGGAGUCGUGGAACGUUUGGAAGGAGAGAUUGGACAUUCAUUUUUUUGAAAUUAACUGUUCGGACGAGAACACCAAAAAGUCAAUUUUGUUGAAAUCAAUUGGUGCUGUGCCGUACAGAGUUUUGCAUAGUUUAUGCAGUCCGGAGUCUCCAGUGUCCGUGUCGUAUAAAAAGCUGUGUGAGAUUUUAGAUACACAAUAUACCCCACCAACUAUUGUAUUUAGUGAGCGGAAGAAGUUUCAUUUGUGUAGCAAAGCUGAAAAUGAGUCUGUUGCUGAAUGGUAUGCUCGUGUAAAAACAUUAGCACUCAAUUGCAAGUUUGGUGUCAGCUUGGAUGCAUUUGUACUUAAUCAAUUUGUUAUGGGUUUGCCAAAUUUCAUCUUUGAACGAUUGUGUGAAGAAGAUGAAACCCUAACAGUACAAAGUGCAUUAAGAAAGGCUAUGAUUUUGGAAACGAAGCAUAUGGCAAAGGCAGAGGAGAAAAGUCAAUGCACUGUAAAUUUGGUUAACGGUCAGAAAUAUGCAAAAAAUCACUAUGGUGGUGGUGGCAGAGGCAGCACUGGCAGUGGUAAUAGAGAUGGUGGUAGCAGCAGCAGCAAACGUAACAACAAUAGCAGAGACAGCAAGAGCGGUGGUGGCAAGAAAUAUGCAUGUUCUCAUUGUGGUUGGAGAAAUCAUAGUUCUCAGUCUUGCAAAUAUAAAGAGAGCAGAUGUCAUUCGUGUGGAAAAAUUGGUCAUUUGGCUUCGGUCUGCUAUAGUAGGAAAAAGAGUGUAAAUUAUGUAUCGAAUGAAAUUAAUGACGUUGAGAGUGAUGUUCAUGAAUAUAACAAUGUUUUCGAUUAUUCUAUUUUUAGUGUGGCUGAGAAAGAAAAUGGUGAUGUGUAUUCUCUGGAUGUUGUUGUUGAUGGUGUGGAACUGAAGGCAGUGUGUGAUACAGGUGCACCAUGUACGUUGUUGCCGAUCUCAUUUUUGGAAGAGAACGGAAUUAAGAGAAAAUUGAGAUCGUGUAAAGUGCCAUAUGUAGAUUACAAUGGUGUUAAGCUGAAGUUGGCUGGUGAAUAUGAUGCAAGUGUAACGUAUAAAGGUAUGGAUUAGUGGAUACCCUAGUUAGUGACAAUGGGUCACAGUUCACAUCAUCUGAAUUUCAGACAUUUUUAUCCUUAAAUGGAAUUAAGCACAGUUUAACUGCACCCGGACAUCCAUCCACAAAUGGGCAAGCCGAAAAUUUUGUCAAAACGCUUAAAAAAUCUAUCUAUGCAAAUUUGGAUGGUAACAGAGACGCCAAUAUUGAUCAGAUUUUAUGCCGAUUCUUAAUGGACUAUCGAAAUAUGAUCCACUGCAGUACUGGUGAGUCACCGGCAAAAAUAUUUUUCGGGAGAGAGCUCAAGACCCGAUUCAGCAAUCUUAAACCUCCUACCAUAAAAGAAAAAUUAAAGCUUUCGCAAGAGAAAAACAUAAUACAUCAUAAAGGAAAACGCAAUGCAACUUUCCAUGAAGGUCAAAAGGUUAUGGUUCGAGAUUACCGAAAUACCAAUAAACCCAGUUGGACACAAGCUACAAUCACACAACAACUCGGACCUCAAUCUUACUCGUGUACAUUAAGUCACAAUAAUAACAACAUCAAACGUCAUUUAGACCAAAUCCGAGGCAGUUCUGUACAACAGCUGUCCAACGACAUCACGAUUCCAUCCAACAACAACGACAACAAUGCUAUAGUCACACCUCCAUCAAUAACUGAAGAUACUUCACAAACCACAAGAAAUCUCAGACCUCGAGCAGGAGGAAAAGUCGUUAAAAAAAACUAAAAAAAAUA